CCCAAAUCUUUAACUGCUCGGCGCUUCUUCUUGCUUUCUUCCCUGCUAGAUAUUUUGGGUCUCUUUUUUUUUUUCCUGUACAGUAGAAGUACCUAAUAGUAAUUAAGAUAGAUCGAGAUUGUUUUGCUUGGUUUAUGAUCUGAUUCGUUGCUUUCGUCUAUCUCUGCAAGUAUGGAUGCCAACAGAGGCCAGAAUGGAAUUCAACUGUUAUUAGCGGCAGAACAGGAAGCUCAACACAUUGUCAAUGCUGCUAGAGCUGCAAAACAGGCUAGACUAAAACAGGCCAAGGAAGAAGCUGAGAAGGAAAUUGCGGAAUUCCGUGCACAAAUGGAAGCUGAGUUUCAGAGAAAGGUUGCACAGACUAGUGGAGACUCAGGUGCUAAUGUGAAACGACUUGAACAAGAAACGGAGGCAAAGAUCCAUCACCUAAAGAAUGAAUCUUCCAGAAUUUCCCAUGAUGUUGUUCAGCUGCUUCUGAGGCACGUGACUUCUGUAAAGAUUUAAGUUCUUGGUAGCUCAUGGGUUUUACUGAAGGCUUUUUCGUCAUUUUUUAUGGAUGUUGUGCUUAGUCAAUCAAACGCUUGGUGUCUACUUGUACGUUAGUAAUUUAUUACCUGUAUUUGUUGAUUGUGGCCUCUUACCAAAUAAAAAUGUGAUGUUCCUAUGGCUAUUUGUAUCAGUAUUUGUUACUUUUGAGGAUAUACAUCAAACAAUUGAGUCCAAUCAGUUAUUGAUUUCCUCCAGAUCAACUA